AUGCCCCUCCUCAAGCGCAAGCCGGUCCUGUACCAUCCCCUCCCCUCCCUCGCCGCCAUCCUCCAACCGCUCGGCUCUUCCUCCAUCGCGAUCAGCUUAGCAGGCACUGCUGCCGCUCCUGCCGAGUCGGAAUUCGCCAGCCUCGCACCCUCCCUCCCCCCCAUCCCGGCAGACGCGCCAGACGAGGACGCGCAGCUCGACCGCCUCCUCUCGCUCUUCAAGGACGAUCUCGGCGCCAACGAAGCUAGUACUUCGGGCGACAAGAAGAAGGGCAAGGCGGUGAAUGUCAUUGUGAACGGGACGGGGUAUGAGGCACCGGAGGGUUCAGCCGGGGGCGAAGAAUGGCGGAUAUGGGAUAGAGAGUGUUUCUACGUCGAGGAGACGGGCGAGAUAUUUACAGAUUACGAGUCAUACUGUAAUCGCCUACAAUUCCUCUCGCUUCCGCUGUACUCGUGCGAAGUUACGGGCAAGUCGGCACUGGCGUACCCCACAGCUCUGGCGUCUGAGCAACGUGAAGCUAGGCUGCUUCACACCCGCUUCCCCAGCCAACUGAAACGACCGGUUCUCAGCGCCUGCCAAUUCCAAAUCGAGGGCAAGCUGGACGCACUCGCAGAUAAGAUCUAUGAACGCUUUGUCAAUCGCUUCUUUGACGAAGAGAAAGUAUUCGUCGACGUGGACGGCGACAAAUACCUCGCUCGUAUAAUCCGCACCUUCCCACCCAAAACCAACAGCGCUUCCACCCCUUCCAAAACCGCCGGUCCAUACCAUGCCCUCGCGUCCCAGUUGGACUUGCCCAAUGAGGAAGUCAUACGGAGAGACGACCCCAUGGCGUAUUUCUACAAUGUGCGGUUGAUUGAAGAGGGGGCGCCGGGAAAAUGGGAGGGGAGCGUGAUGGAGGUCAAGGCGGAUAAGAUCUCGCGAGACCGGAUCAACUUCUCUCGAGCCAUUCUGAAACGAUUCAUCCGUGAUUGUAUCCACCGAGACGCGGCCGUCUACUCGCCCUGGCUGCUCAAGAAGGCCGUGGCGCUGCGGUACAAUCUGCCUGUAGAGAUGUCGGAGGAGGUGCGCAGGCAUAUUCAGGGGUACAAGGAGCGCCAGAUGGAGAAGCGCAAGAGGGAGCGGGAGGAGCGGUUAGGUCUGCAUGCGCCAGAAGAGGCGGUGGUUGAGGAGGAGAUGCCGGCUGCCAAGAAGAAGCGGAAGUCGGUCAAGAAGGAGGGAGUGAGCGCGGCGGAUGAGGCGGCGGAGGCGAGGAGGGCCGAGGAGGAGCGGAGGAAGAAGAGGCCACUCAAAGUGCCUACUGAGGACUUGCUUGUCGAGUACAAUGCCGACCGCGAUGCGUCAGCCGGCAGAAUCGGUAUGCGUCCAUUUGCGAGCAAGGAGCUGCCGUUUGGCGACCAGUUCGAGCAGUUCUUGAUGACCUGGAGUUUCCUGAAUGUUCUGGGUGCCCCGCUGAAUCUCUCCCCCUUCACUCUCGACGACUUCGAGUCCUCACUGUACCACACAGACCCCUCCACCCCCGCACCGCUCCUCACCGAGAUCCAUGCCUGCCUGCUCAACACCCUCGUUGCCGACCUCUCGGCAGGCAACGAGCCGGUCCGUCCUCUCAAGUACACCGGCAAAUCCACCUCGGACGACAUCGAAUCGGACACGGACUACUGGGAGGGCAAGAAAGGGACGACCACCGAGACUCUCAAACCCAUCGCUGAGCCCCUGUCUACCCUCUGGAAGAGCCGGGAACUACCCGCCCGGGAUGGCCGCAAGGGAUGGCAAGAGUCUCUUGUUGGAUGCCUCUGGGAUCGCGCCACACUCGAUACCCUUCCGAGCUAUCUCGACAACAUCCUACACCUGACAUUCGAGGACAAGCCUGCUCCUACGCGUCCGACAUGGUCGACCGGGCCUGCCGCCACGUCGGGUCCACAGGGUCUCAUUCUCAGUCGUCCGGAUAAACGGUACCCCACUCUCCACUUUACGCACAAAUUGGACAUUAUCCGGUUCUUGAUUGAGCUGGCGGGGCAGACGGCGGUAGUCAGGGAUUACCUCGAGGAGAGUACGACCAAGUUGACCGAGGUGCGGAAGGAACAGAUGGACGUCAAGCGGGAUUGGAAGCGGAUACAAGCCGAGAAGGCCGAGCUGGAACCCAAGGAGAUCAAGCCUGAUGAGGACGAACCCAUGAAUGGGGACGGCGAUCUGUCCGUCACUGUCAAGGGUGAUCCCGCAUCGCGAUCCCCUAGUGUCCGCGGGAAAGCCAACGGAACGGCCCGCCCGCCAAAAUCCAACCAUACCAACGAAGCGGACGAGGACGAGCUUGACGAUACCCCCACUCCACGUCUUGGAGACGACGAUGUCGAUACCUUUUCCGCCCCGCCGGCCUCGUCGCCCAUCUCCGAGCUGGACGAGGAGGACGAGCCCGAGACGUCCGGUGCGGCCCGCCGGAAAGCUAUGGCGGCCGCUGCGGCCGAACGGUCUGCGCAGGCGGUGGAGCGAAAAGUUGCACUCAACAAGCAGCGGGCGGUGGAUAAGGAGAAGAAGGCGGGUUCGAGGCAUGUCACCGCGGAGAAGAAACGGCUCGCGGACGAGGCGGAGGCUGUGGAGCGACGGCUGAGGGAACUGGAGUAUGAAUUCCGCGCGGCCAUCUACACGCUGCGGGCCCGGCCGCUCGGGCUCGACCGGUAUGGCAACAAAGUUUGGUGGAUGGAUGGACUGGGGAGUGCGCCGCUGGGAGCCAAUGGAGCCGCGGAGGGCAAGGCGGGCGCGGCAGUGUGGGGAACAGGCAGGGUGUACCUCCAGGGCCCGGACGAGGGGGAAGUGGAUAUGCUGCGCUUGGCGGCUGGGCAGGCGCUAGCGCAUCAUUGGGGGGCGGGGCGGGGCGCGGAUGGGCAAAAGUGGGAAGUGGACCCAGCGGAGGCCGAGCUCAAAAAGGAGGAUCUGGAGCAAAGGCGGAUAAGAGAGGAAGGGGAUGGGAGAUUGGGGCCGGGCGAGUGGGCAGUCUACGAUACGCCAGAAGCACUUGCAUCGUUUAUCUCAUACCUGAACCCUCGAGGAAACCGCGAACUCGCCCUGAUCAAAAUUUUCAAGCAGUGGCUGCCCGAUAUUGAGGCAGGCAUGAAGCGUCGCCGAGUCAUCACUGGUUUGGAAGAGGCAGAGGGGGAGGAAGGGGCCGCGAGGCGAGUGAUCAAGACGCGGAAAGCAACGGGAGAGGAGGAGGGGUGGAUGAACUGGAAGGUGAGCUCAUUGUCGCUGAAGGAUGGGCACUUAGCUGACUGA